CAAUUUAAAGCCGCAGAAUCAACGUGCAGUACGAGGACAUUUAAGUAAAAUUCGCAGAACAUCAAAAACAAAAACAAAACUCUUAGAGCAAGAAAAUGAAAUUGUUUUGUUCAUUUGCGUUUAUUGCAUUAUUCGCCGUUGUUGCUGCUAAUUCUACACUAAGUCAUGACCUCAUAUUGGGUACGCGUAUACCAGGCGAUCAACAUUUGAUACGCAAAGUCGCCUUUGCUAAAUCGGCUAUAAUGCAAAAGAAAAGGGGUGACUUUAUCUACGAACAGAAGGGUGUACCACGUACGGCUAAAAUUACUUAUGUGAUGGUUAAGGAUCAAUAUAUAAAUGGCAAUGGUGGCUAUGCGACCCUGACUAAUGGUGGUCCUGGCUUUGAUCAUGUGGAGCUACAUUUCACUAGCAAAUGGUGGCGUGGCUAUAAUUUCGUUAUUGACGUUUAUGGCAUUUAAAUUAAAUUUCUUUUUUAACUUUUUAACGCUUGUGCUUGGGUAAACUAAACAAACAGUUGUUAAAACAAAUUUCAUAUUCGUGAGUGGAUUCAAAUGUUAAUUGUUUAGUUUGUUUUCUAUGCAUUACGUAUGUAUAGGCUCGGAGUAAAUUAGUUUUGAAGAAAAGUAUUAUUCUUGAAUAAAAAUAC